GACGCUUCGUCUCCGACCACCAUUAUCUGCGCACUGCGCACUCCUCCCCCAUUGGCUCCUGUACUUCUAGCAGCGCCAUGUCUGCGACAGGUAUUCCCGAUGUGGGUGCACAUUGUGCUCUCGAGCGUUGCAACGUGAACGACUUUCUACCUAUCAAAUGUCGCUGCGAACGCCUCUUCUGCAGAGAACAUAUCCAGCCAGAGGAGCACGCAUGUCCCCUCAUCAAUGAGACUUAUACCCCGCAGCCAGGCGAACCGGCAAAAAAGAUGCAACGGUGCGCGGCGGAGAAGUGCAACAAGCUGAGCUUGGAAGCGUUCAUUGCGGAGAAGGAUGAUAUGCAGGGACGGACACCUGCCCUGUGUCUGCAGUGUCAAAAGGCGUUCUGCGCGAGCCACCGUGACCCAGCGACGCACGGGUGUGUUGCUAAACCUGAAGCCGAGCCUCAGCGGAAUGAGGCAGCUAAGGCGAUACUUGCAAAGAUAUUCCCCACGCAAACCGCCGUAUCACCAAUGAGCCCCGCAUCAUCGUCGAGCGUUCCAGCAAAGCGAAAGGCCCCUCCGAGUAAUCCGAAGAAGGCUGCUCAGCUUCGCCAGGUCGAAUUGAUGAAGAUGCGCCACAAGGCGCAGGCUGGUGAUCCUAAAGACAAAAACAAGUCUGUCCCUAUUGACCAGAAGCUGCACGUCAAGGUGCGUACGCAGGAGAAAGGCGAGGAAGAGAAAAUAUUCUGGUUCCAGAAGACUAUCAUUGCAGGACGCGCUCUCGACAUGCUAUCUCCGCAUUUUGGCGUCUCUUCUGAUGAAAUGCACCUCUAUCUCGAGAGAUUCUCGGCCGAAGACAUAGAUGAGAGAAUACGGUUAGAGUUGGACCGGGCUCUGGCUGACCAGGUGGAGGAUGGCGCUCAGCUAGUCCUGAAUCGAUGAUCGGUCUUGUAGCAAAGCUAAAGUGCACAGAUAGCAAUGUACUCUCACGGCAGAAUCCCACUGCUGAUAUCACUAGGAUGCUUCCUGCACUCAUUGCUGCACUUGUUCC